AUGCAAAUGCAUCGGCUCGCUAUACAUGCCGCUCUGUUCUCAAUGUACUUUCCACAAUUUAGAUAUUUCCAUGGUUAUACACAGCUUCGCUGCAGGGUGAUGACGUUCAAGGAUAGGUUAAGGAAUGGAAAGAGGUCGGUGGCGGUGGGUGGUGAAUGA